AUGUCUUCUCACAAGAUUUUGAGGAUCAAGCGAUUCCUGGCCAAUGAACAAAAGCAAAAUUGUCCCGUUCCCCAGUGGAUUUGAACGAAGAGGAGACACUCCAAGAGUAGAUCCUGGAGAAGAACCCAGAUGGGUCUGCCAGGAAUUACACCUGAAAUGGCACCCAUAUUCAUGUUGUCUCGAGGUUAUGAUCAUCUUGUCCCAUCAAGCUGA